CGGAACAGCUUCCACUUAUAGAAACUGUCCAUAUAGAAGUAUUACAUAUAUGGCUAAGGCACUAUACCUAGCCUAAGUACUAUUAUAACAGUAACAUUAUAAAAUAGUUAACAAUAUUCAAUAAAAAAAAUAUAAUAUUAAACUUAAUUACAUUCAUUUUUAGAUAUAAUGUGCAUAAAAUAAGUAACGUUUGUUAUUAGAAUUUUUUUAAAAUUAUUUCAUAGUUAUAUGGGCAUUAGCAUAUUGUAACAUUAUAUAUAUAAGUUAAAUUUCAAAUUACUUAAUAAAUACGUUUGAUGUUAUUAUCAAACAUGAUAAUGUUGAACGAAACACAUGAUGAAGGACAAUUUAGUGAUGCUGAUGAAACUGAAAUAACAUCGAUUGAAUCAAGAGGAGCACCAUUGUUUCAAUGCACAUUGAUUGGAAAUAUUGCAGAAUUAACGUUAACACAAAGCGAUGAUGAAGACUAUUACUUCAGUGAUGAUAAUUAUGAUUGGGAGAUAGAUAAUGCUGGGAAUAAUCGGAAAGAUGUAGUCAAAAAUGUAAAUGCACGAAGUAGUAAUGCACAAUCUGCUUCCAAUAAGAUAUCUAAUUAUCAACCAAAUGACAAAUUAUUUCGUCGUUAUUCUAAUAAGAUCAAUGUAGAAAAAUAUGAAGGUCCAUCAUUGCCAGGACAUGCUGCUAAUUUUCUCAAAGAAACUGACAAACGUAUUGAUAAGGAUCGCAUUCGAACUAAAGAUAAACAUGAUCGGGCAACAGUCGAACAAGUUAUGGAUGCUCGUACUAAAAUGAUAUUGUUUAAAUUCUUAAAUCAAGGAAUAAUAGGUGAAAUAAAUGGCUGUAUUUCAACUGGAAAAGAAGCUAAUGUUUAUCAUGCGAUAUCUAAAACUGGUCAUGAAUUUGCUAUCAAAAUUUACAAAACUUCUAUUUUACGUUUCAAAGAUCGCGAUAAAUAUGUUACUGGAGAAUUUCGUUUUCGGCAUGGAUAUUGCCGUCAUAAUCCUCGCAAAAUGGUAAGGACAUGGGCUGAAAAAGAAGUUAGAAAUUUAACACGCAUAAACCAAGCAGGUAUAAACGCUCCUAAACCAAUUAUAUUACGUAGUCAUGUAUUAUUAAUGGAAUUUAUUGGUACCAAUGGUUGGCCUUCGCCUAAAUUGAAAGAUGCUGAGAUCAAUGCUUCAAAGUAUAGAAAACUUUAUACAGAAUGCAUCAAAAUGAUGUGGCAAAUGUUUCAUAAAUGUAAAUUAGUUCAUGCUGAUUUAAGUGAAUACAAUAUGCUCUAUCACGAUGGAUCUCUUGUACUAAUAGAUGUAUCUCAAUCGGUUGAACACGAUCAUCCUUUGGCUCUCGAUUUUCUUCGAAAAGAUUGUACAAAUAUUAGUGAGUAUUUUAAGAAAAAUGGUGUAUGCGUAAUGUCUGUAAAAGCAUUGUUUGACUUCAUAACGGAUCCAACAGUGAAUGAAAAGAACAUGGAUGAGUAUUUAAAUAUAAUGUCAAGCCAAGUACAUGAAAGAAUAGAUCAAGAAAGUUGUCCCGACCAAGAAAUAAACGAAGAAGUUUUCAAACAAGCUUAUAUACCACAAAGAUUAAAUCAAGUGAUUGAUGUAGAGCGAGAUAUAAAACUUGCUAAAACAAAGAAAGAAGAUUUGAUUUAUAAAACAUUAUUCGGAUUAAAAGCAGAUUUGUCCAAACCUAAUAAAGAACCUGAAGUUAUAACCAAAAAAUUUAACAAAAGUAUCACAGAUAAUAACGAAGAAGAAGAAGAAGAUAGUAGUGAUGAUGAAAGUGUAUGUUCAAGUAAUGUGGAUACAGAUAAUGAUAGCAAAGAAAAUGAACAAAAAUUUACUAAUUCCGCACGUCCUCGUAAUGAAAGUCCGGAGAGUAAAAAGAUGCAAGAUAUAGAAAUAACAGAAAUAAGAAUUAUCGUAAAUUAUCGUACAAGUUGAAUUUAGGAUCGCACAAGGCUUCAAAUUAUGUGACGUGUACGAUACUUAUCGUACGAAUGGGAUCACUGUUCUUGACAUAAAAUCUCAACAGUACGAUUGCGCUGCUUGGGACUCAAACUGUUAAAGAAAGAAGUAACACAACAUUGCAAUAACAAAUAUAUGAUUGUUCUUGAACUAUUAUGUGAACUGCACACUAAUGCAGUAGAAUGUAUAUUCGGUAUAAACAAAAGAAAAUCGAAAAAAUUACGAAAGAAAAGACGAAAGCAAAAAUAAGCCACGAUCUCCCAAUCAAAAAGUUCAUUUUCGCCCCAAACUGACACUGUUUGAAUGGAAAGUUGACUGUCGGGCCUCACGGCUGACGUAACAUUAACAUGAUAUGUUCACUUAUUUGUAACACUAUGACGAUAUAUGGCACCACGUUGGUGUUAUACGCAAAAAUAUUGGGCAAAUGCCGGUGACGCCACGUUAGUGUCAUACGCAUAACUAUUGGGCAAAUGCCGGUUAUGACACGUUGGGGCUAUGCGUAAAACAAAAGAAUUAGGAAAACAAAUAUAAUGUGUAAGUUAUGUGGAGUCGAAAAACGACCGGUGACAAGUGAAAUCAGCCAGUCCUACUGGCGACAAACAAAAGAAUCCCUAUCAGACGUCCAGUCGUCACACAGUGUUAACUUACACAAUAAUCACCGAUUUGUUAUUGCGAUGUGUGUUACUGCAUUUUUUAAAAUAUGUAACCGAAUACUCCACCGAAUAAUCAUCAUUUGCAGCCUGAACG